AUGUCGUCGGAACUACCAACCGUGUACUUGGUCGCGCUCAACCUCCAGCCAGCUGCUCCCGCCAACCCCAACAAUGUAGACGACCUUGGAGUUUCCCCCGUCGGCCCGCCGGGCAAGGAACACUGGGGACUCAACAUUGAGGUAGAUUGCCUGAAAGGCAAAGAAGAACGUCUCGAUCCCAAGGCAGUGGGCUCCAAUAACCCUGCCACUGGGUUCUCGCCACAGGCGACGAUUCAGGUGGAUAAUGAUGUUGUCCCUGAGUUAAUUGACAAUAACGUGCCCGAUCAUACUGUCAUGGCUUUAUCCUUGGUGCAGGGUCCCCAGGAACCUCGGAACCUUGACACUUUCCUGAUUUCAGGGUACAGCAUGCCUCUACUAUAUGUGCAAGCUGCAUCCGUCAGGACUCUUCGGCCUCGACCAUUUACUCACCUCGAGAGGUUCGAAAAGCACAAGGCCAAGAGCAGUGAGAAGGAGAAUACCAACGGAAAAGAUGGCCCCGGCAACCACUGGCAUAAAGGGAAGAAGAAGCAAGUCGACAGAUUGAGCGUUCGUGACGGUCGCCGUCGUGGCCAUCUGAAUGGGGGUCUGUCAGGGCGUUCACGAGGUCGAACUGCAUGUCGGCGGCGAGCACUCGCGCUCGAAGUCGGGGCAGGAGCAUGGCAAUAUGUUCUCGUGACAGCAGUCCCAGCAGGCGACACGAUUCCGGCUGCUCGACUACCUGAUCAAGCCGGUGUAGUGCAAGUAUCCGUGGCUCAUCGACCAGUUGAGGGCGAAGCAUGCAAGGACCCGCGAAGCGUGCAAGGAUCCAGAGUGCCGUCGAUCCGAGUACACGCCCAUCUCGUGCGCCGGCGGAGAAGCAAUGCGGCUAGUGGCGAGCCUUGUGAAUUGUGCGAGCGAGACGCAGGCCCGGCUGGGGCGAUCAUCGCUGAUCACUUCUCGGAUGGUCUUCAUAUCCUACGACGCAAGACCUCCCAGAGCUUCUGGCUGCCGUUGGCGCUGUUAGGCUCGCAGGACGUGGUCCAUCAUCCCUCUGCGCUGCAUGGGUUUAAAGUACGCCAGCAAGUCGACCAUGUACUGCACGACGUUGAUUCCGAGCAAUGUCUGGCUGCACGAUCUCGCGCGAGCUUGAAACGUGAGGACCUGUUCAAGAGCCCACUCGCCACGAUGUUGCGCUCGAACGGGCUUGAGUAUCUCCGGUGCCCUGGGUCUGGCUGCCAAGCGGAGGGUUUCCCUAGACGGCGGCAAAGAGCAUGGCCUGGAUAUCGAGAGCAAGUCGGACUCAGCACCCUUCCUGGUCAGGCGAAGUUACCAGCGUCGCCGCAGAAAUGCCCUGUCGACAUGGUCGAUCCCAUCCCCGGCGAUAUAACACAAGAUGCGACUCUCAGACAUCCUGACAACCUCUUCCGAAGAAUGGCUGCCGAAAAGAACGCACUCGAGUUUUAUGGUCAACAACUCACCAAUCCAAAACCCCGCCUCCGGCGCUACCGCCGAAGCAACUUGAGGUGGAGCCUCAAACGCCGAUACCGUGUAGCCUCACACGCUGGUGGAAGAAAAGUUCUCUUCAUCGUCGAGUGCAAUGCUCUCCACCAGCUCAUCCGCGGUUCAACGGUGUCGGGGCUCGUUUUUGAGAUCUCUGCCCUCAAUAUCGACUACACAACCGUGAUAUUAAUGUUGUCCGGUGACUCGAACUCGGAGCGUCCGCCGAUAACUUCAACUCUCGGAGACCCUCAAUUGGAUGCGCGACCCGCAUAUCCGUCGAAAGCUUUAGCACGGGCCUGCGGAACGCGGCCACAGUCCCACACCGACACUCAGCAACCCAAUUUACGCUGGUUCCUAGUUUCUCGUUUUUCCCUCAUUGAUAUUCUAUAUGCCUCAGGGGCCUACGGAAGAUGGUCGCAGUCACAUACCGACACGGAACUGAACCGUCGCCCGACCGGCUACUGCGCAUUGUGCUCACGCACUGACAGAGUGGCUCCAACGCAUCGCCGUCCAACGCCGAUCGCGGCGCACUUCACCCUCGCAGAAACCGUCGUUAGCAAAGCCUGCCGGCGUGGGGCCUCCGCCGACAAGUUCCCGCUACUCAUCUACGUCGCGUCGUACUCGUCUGUCGCGUCGCACUCAUCCAGGUCACGCCACCUGCACAAUCCAGGUCACGCCACCUGCGCAAUCCAGGUCACGCCACCUGCACAAAAGCAUGUUAGCUGGAUAGAUCAAACGAACGACGAUCGCCGUCCGCGUACGCGGCGUAUGUCGUCUACGUCGCCUCGGCCACCGGUCAACGAGGUGCCCCCCUCGUGUGCAGUUUAUGCCAGUGAGCUUGCCGUUAUCUGCGGUGGCAUGCACGGUGCCCAUCUCCGGAGUAUACAGAAUGAUGUCACACCAUCUCUGCUAGUGAAGGAUGAUACGGACACGCAACUCAACGUAAGCAUCUGUGCUUCCGAUCCUGUACGGAUUUUCGCAGCGUUGUUCGUCGGCGUCAGCGGGUGGACUGGCCGGCCGGCCUUGACUAACGAAUGCGCGUUUUUCCGCCGGGAGUGCCUAGCGGUGGGUAAUGGCGGGCGCGGAUUCGUCGUGACCACUCGGGGUCACCAAAUCCGGCAUGUGCCACCGCCCUCUUCGCGGGCGGUCACGACCUUGUCGCGCUCUGCUCUGCUCUGCUCCACCCGCGGUCACAACGACUUUGGCGGGCGCAUCCACCAACUCGCAGCGUGCGGGCACACGCUGGACACGCAGUCAGAUAGAGUAAUGUCGAUUAUAUCAACUAUAUUUCGCGCCACAUCGUGUGUCUUUGGCAAAUACAUCCUCCUGCAUGGUGUGCUCGCCUCGCGCUCUCUCUCCCGCGUCUCUGCUCACUCGGCGCUACGGGCACUAGGACGCGAUAUUGAGAGCCAGCGCCGCCCAUCUCAGCAUCCCUCUUCUUCCUCAUUACACCAUCCCUCCGAGUCCAGCGUCCAGAUACGACCUGCACCUCCCUUUCCUGUGACGGGAUUCGCGUCGGAUACGGAGCAAGCCGCCGACUCGAAAACGCGUUGCUCGCCUCCGUCACGACCUGUGCAGCGGUCACAGGCAUGGACUAAG